GAACAUCGGUAAAUCGCCAAUCAAUAUCGGCUGUGGUAGAUCGUAGAGUAGGAUUCAGUGAUCGAUCGGCAGCGGCGGUGCGCGCGCGUCCUCGCUGUCACAGAGUGUAUACGCUGUCAUGUGGAACCUGUAACGCAACGCGAACUGAAGAUGUCACUGUGCAACACUUUCAGGUUAUCCGUUGUAUGCUUUACAAUUGUGUUGUCGAGUAUUGACGCACCGGUAGUAGCAUUCACGCUUCGUCGCACAACCAGAGACAUCCAUUCCUACGGAGAUCUUGCUCAAGAGGAGAGCGUUCUACUAGAAGUCAAGAGGGAGUUAAACGUACCUGAUAAAAUACAGAUAACUGAGAAUAAUACUACUGAAAACAUUAAUAACAAUAAUAACUUUACACUUACAAGCCCUAAAGUAGAAUUUGAACGAGAUAUCGUAACGGAAUCGGAUUCAAAUAACAAUUCAGACGAUCGAACAACAAGCUUUCCAAAUCAGACUCCAGUGCCAGAGCAAAGCAUAAUUGUUGACAAAGUUAUUACAACCGAAAGCAUUGUAGAUGUAACAAAUGCAGAAUCACAAACUAUCACUACUGAUUCCAUUUUGGAAAACACAACUCCAUUAUUAAUUGAUAAAAUAACUGAUGUAGAAACUACAACUAACAUAAUAGAUGUAACAACAUCAAGUGAAAUCGAUCUCAAUGAACCUGCAACGACAGAUUUAACACCAUUAAAUAAAACCAUUAAAGAACAGAAACAUUUAUCACAGAGUCCAAAAAAAUCACGACCCAUACCUAAAUGGAAGAAAUACAAAAUAAUUGAGAGAAAACGACCAUUGCCUUCUUCUGCAGAAAAACUAAAGGAAAGAAAGAAAGAAGAUAAUAAGGAAGAUAUUUUGAAAGCAGAAACUAAGCACGUGCGAAUCACAUUACAGGAUACUGUAACAUCUGAUAUACCAUCGCUUGAAUCAUUAAAAAAUGAUCUCCUAUCUUCAACUCUAAACCUACAGACGUCGGAGAGCAAGAGUGGCGUAACUUUGAAACCAUUGGUUACAGAGCAGACCAUAAGCACACCUAUUAGUUCGACGCCUACAGAAACGAUCUCAGCAGUUGGUCACGAAUCGAAACGAGCUGGGUUUUUAAAUUUUUCAGGAAAGACUACAACUGCAGAAUUAAUUACUGAUAUAACCACUUCAGAAAUAACAACUGAAUCAACAAAUUUAGAAAUGACAACAGAAGAAGAGAUGUUUGAUUUGAAAACCACUAACAAGCCACGUACAAAAAGUCUCGAUAUUGAUGUUCAGGAAGAUAAGAGUAAAAUUGGAUCACUAAUUGUGUUGAACGAGGACGCUAUUAAAGAAGAAUUACUGAAGGAGGAGUUAAUAAAUAAUAAUCAGGAAAACGCAAACCGUCAACGGGAAGAGCUCGCUAACAACGCUGAUCUCAUAGAGAUGAAAAAUCGAAAGACUGAAAACUCUGCUGAAAUCAACUUGUCUUCGGAACUAAGCGUUAAACCAAUUAAUAGCGACAGAUCAAAGAAUGGCACGUUGUAUACUGUCAAUCCUAAUUAUAAACCGAUGAAGAAAAUUGAAGUCGUACCACCUAAGCAAUUUGUUAGAGACCCAGAUGACAACAGCUGGAGGAAUGAAAGCUUAAGCUCUUUAGGCAUUGUUUUUAAACCGAAAAAUUCUUCUAAGCCUUUCACUCAAGUCUUGAAAAAUAAGACAGAGACAGAAUGGAACAAUUUGUCAGAAAAAGAUAUUAAGAAUGAUUUGCCCGAUCUAAGGGAAAGAUUGCAAAAGAUGGCUGAAAAGAGAAAAUCUAAACGAAAGAAGAUAGACUCGUUUGGUAACGUUGUUUACUUUGAUUACGAAGAGAACAGUAGCUCCGCGGAACAUGCAGGAGUUACGAUAGACGAACUCACUUCAACCGUCACUACAUAUUCACCUGCCUUGCAAAGUAUUAACGAAACUAAAUUGAAUUCAUCUUUAACAACAGAAGGUGUUAAUAAAAUUUCAUAUUCAACUAGGAAACCCAAUAAAUUCUUCCACGAAUAUUACGAUAGUACGGAUGAGGAUGACAGUGAUUAUUUAAAUAUGGCGCAGAUCGACUUGAAGAAAUUCACUACUUCACUCAGGCCCAGCACUCCAUUCCAUCCCGCGACAAUAAUAGCGAAUCAGCCAGACUGGCUCAAAAAUAGCAAUAAACUCUCGAACAACGCAUUCCCUGAAAGAAAAGCCACCGUCCAGUAUUUCCCACCUCUAACAACUAAAAAAGUUAAUUUCAACGAAUACGACAAUGGCUUUAAGUUCAAAAUGGAAUCGUUCACAACCGAGACAGAUGAGCCAAAACUUGUUUCUAUCGACAGACCGACGACACCUGUGACUGUAAACACUGAUGCCAGUAAGUCUGAUUACACUAAGAAUUUGAUUUUAAGUCAACCACACCUCACGACCGACCCGAGCGUUGCCCUAAUUGAUGAUGGAAGUUACGACAGAGGCACCUACGUCAUCAAACAUUACAAAGACUUCUUGCACGAGGCAGCAAAGGAAGCCGAAUAUGAUAAGAAUUUAAACUACGUACCCUACACCGAAGCUCCAGUGGAAGGGGUGACCAAAGCAGACUUUAUUAGAUACGAGAAAGAAAAACCAAGAACAAUAGACAAUGGGUACCCUUAUGAUCCACCAUUCCGAAAAGAGGUCCUGCAAAGAUUUGUGGACGAUUUCAAUCACAAUAGUGAUCGAUAUAGAUCAGAUUUUCCCAUUAUAUUUAACAGUAGCAUUGUUCACGGCGGCGUGCAACACGGCAGAGAUCUAGCUUCGUCGAGAGCUUUCAUGCGGAGUUCCUAUAGUGAUAUUUUCAAACCAAAGAUUGCUUCGCAGAAGGCUUGUGAACCGAAUUGUGAAAAAAUAAACGUUGAGUUAUCACCGGCUUAUGAGUUGCACUAUUACGUGCCCGAUCAGGAAGAAAAAGACGAAGCGGUCCCUCAACCAGUUACACUGCCUUACAAGUAUUCAUUAUGAAAUUAAUUGUUUUAAACGUAAGGUUACGAUUAUGUCGAAGUAUCAUUAGACAUAGAAAUUAUGUAACUGGCGUUACAGUAUUGUUGGUUUAUGAACAAGUCCAACCAAAAAUACAGGUAUUUAUUUUAAAAUUAAGGUGAUUUUUGUCUGAUUGUUAAGAAAUGAGUUACCUAUUUAAGAAUUUAGCGAAUACUAUUUCAGUAGUUUGAUACUGUAGAUAGGUAGGUAGGUACAUUUAUUCUUAUUUCUUUUUGAAUAUUUUUAUGUAAAUAAAUGAAUUAUUUUAUUCUUAGCCCCUUCUAAGCACUUAGUAUUUACCAAAAGUUACUUCUAAAAAAUUAAGCUGAUAUUAUUGUCUACUUAUAUUAUUGAAUACAAAAAUCUUCUCAUGAAUAAACUUUCGUAAGUAUAAAACAUUAUGUACAUUUUAAACAUAAGUUUUAUGUAGUACGUACCAAAUAUUAAUGAUAGAGUAAAAAGGUGUACUCAGAUGUUGUUUGUUUGUGCGGUUGAUGAUUUUGGAUGAAUUAUUUUAAUAAAAAUUGUAUACAAAUUGUA